GUAGCAGCAGAAUGUGUCAUAAAAAGCAGAGUCGUAGUUGGAUUAAUGAUGCUUGUUCAGUUGUUUGUUCGCCAUGGAGAAUUGCUAUUACUCCGGUUUUACUCAGGAGGGAAACUGGGCUCAGUGUCAUGCUGCAGUUCUAGACAGUGAGUCCUCCUCCUAUCUAGUUCCAUGGCAACUAUCACCUCAGGUAUCAGCCUCUGCCAAUUUCCAAUUCCAAGGGUUUCCGGUUGCAGAAGAUGGAGGAGGUGCCACUGCUUCCAAGAGCCAUAGUCAAGCAGAGAAGCGGCGUAGGGACAGGAUAAAUGCACAACUUUCAACUCUUAGGAAACUAAUUCCCAAGUCUGAUAAGAUGGACAAGGCAGCUCUAUUAGGAAGUGUGAUUGACCAUGUGAAGGAUCUUAAGCGAAAAGCAAUGGAGGUCAGCAAAGCCUGCUUACUUCCUACAGAAGCAGAUGAAGUAACUAUUGAAUCUGAUUGUGCCCAAGAUGUCAACCUCGGCAACGUUCACAGAAGCGAGGAAAAUAUGUUCAUAAGGGCCUCUAUUUGUUGCGAUGAUCGACCGGAGCUGUUUUCGGAGCUCAUCCAAGUCCUCAAAGGCUUAGGACUGACAGCAGUCAAAGCUGAUAUUGCUAGUGUGGGUGGAAGAAUUAAGAGCGUUUUGAUGCUUUGCACUAAGGAGAGUGAUGUGGGUGCUUGCCAUAGCACUCUGAAACAUUCACUUAGACUGGUUUUAAGUAAAAUUGCUUCGUCAUCUAUGGCAUCAAACUGUCGUAUUAGAAGCAAAAGGCAGAGGUUCUUUUUGCCUUCUUAUUCACAAUAAUCUUCCAGAAACAUUUUUUGGGUCA